AUGGCUCGGUGCACCGCCAUUGCGCCCCUCUGCCGCCUCCACAGCCGCAGCAGCAGCAGCAGCAGCGUGGAGCUGUUGAUCGAGUUCGGUGAAGAUGGUCGUGUAGCCGUCCACGAUGCGCUGCGGCGUCGUCGUGUAGCCCUCCCACGCCGUAUCCUGGAUCAACAACCUCGUCGUCGUCGUCGACGUUGCGUCGGCAGCGUAGGCGGCGGCACGCUGUACGGCGGCGUCAUAGUCGAGGUCGGCGAGGUGCGUCACGCACACCUGCGCCCCCAUCGAGCGGAUGCGCGCGCGCGAGGGGGGCGAGACGUUGCCCGGAGUGAAGAUGUGGGCGCGUAUCCCGACGAGGCUGGCGAACCACGCGACCGCACAACCGUGGUUUCCAUCGGUGGCGGCCACCAUUUCCAAUUCUCCCGCUCCCGCACCCGCCCUCUUUUCGCUGGUUGCGGUACGGAGUGCAUCGAGGGUGGUGCUCUGCGCGUCGAGGUGGAGCUCGUCGCAGAGGGAGAGGAACGAGGCCCACGCCGCGCCGAGCACCUUGAACGCCGGCAGGGCGUACCGGUCGUUUUCGGCCUUGAGGUACACCCGACCUCUGAAGCGCUUCGAGGCGCUCGGCGGCGUCUGCAGGGGGAGGAGAGCGGUGGGUGCGUAGCCCGGUAG